GCCAAAGAUUCAAUGGGCGGGAAAAACAAAAAAAAAACUAUUUAAAAUUAUUAAUUAAACGUCUUAUCGUUACAAUUUCCCACUUUCAAGGGAUAAAAAAAGAAGAGAAAAUUAUAUGUUUUAAAUCAGAGAGAAAAUAAAAGCCUUUCUUGUUUCUUCUGACAGAAUCAUUUUCUUCCUGAAACCUCAAACCCUAGAUCUCAGAAAAAGUAGUCGUUUCGUUUCGGAAAUGGCAGAUGCGAGCACCGUAGAAGGUCGGCCGAAGAAGGCUGUGAAACGUAAGAGAGCGUGUUUGGUACUCAGCACGGAAGAGAAAGAGAGUCAAAUCAAGAGUUUGAACGAAGAAAUUCAAGGUCUUUUUCGGUACUUCCACGAAAUGAUUACUAGUCAAAGAUUGUCUGUUGAUUUGACUACAUGCGGUGGUUCGUUGAACGCGUCGGUGGCGGCGUUGAUGGAGGAGAGUUCAUUGCCGUUGUCGAAAUUGGUGGAAGAGAUUCACAUGAAGCUCAAGGAGACUGAAAAUGUGGUUUUGACUUCGGUCGCUGUGAAGAGUGCGGUGGUGUCUAUUGGACAGAGAGUAAUGUAUGGAGUUCCAAAUGUUGAUGUUGAUGUUUUGGAGGAUCAUACCCAGGCUUGUCUCUGGUGUUGGGAGACCAGAGAUGUGAAGUUGCUUCCAAAAUCUGUGCGCGGGGCAUUGAAAAUUCGGCGUAUUUGUAGGAAGAAGAUUCAUGAGAGGAUUACUGCUGUUUCUGCCGUAGUAACUGCAUUGCAAAAGUUAGAGAGUGAUACAAGUACCAUUCAUGACGUGGGGAAAGCAUCUGAAAAGCUUGGUAAAGUGUUAAGGGAGGAAGACAUACGUGUUUUAGUGGAUAAUAUGUUAAAGAAUAGUGCAGACAUGUAGGAUUGGAAGCAUGCGAAGCGAGAAGAGAAGUUGAUAAUCAGAGAAUUAGAAAGAAAUAAACGAGAAGUUGAGAAGGAGAAAAAGAAAAUGGACCGUGAACUACAGAAGGAGAAGAUGCAACAUGAAAAGGAGCAAAAGCGUUUGCUAGAGGAGGCAGAGAAAGAUGAAAGGCGUCGUGAGAAAGAAGAGUGUGAAAUUAGGAAACAACAACGAAAGGAGCAAGAAGAAGCUGAGAAAGAUCAACGACGUCGAGGGAGGGAAGAAGUUGAACUAAAAAAGCAGAUUGCUAUUCAAAAGCAAGUGUCAAUUAUGGAACGCUUUCUUAAAAGAAGUAAAACUAUUUCAUUAAUCCAGAAUGACCAGGCUUUUUGCAGAGAAAGUACCUCUGAUUCAUUGAGUAAGGAGUAUGAAAAGGUGGCUGAAGCAGUUACUGUACCAAUGGACUGUGCUCUCUUAUCAAAUGCUAUAAUUAGUGUUGAUGAACUUCGCAAAUCUCACUUAGCCUCUUGGCAUCACUUUGGCCAUUUUAUUCGUUCAAAUCAAAAUCGGCAUUGGGGAAUACGUAGGAAACCCAAGGUGGCAUUGUUUAAGGAACUUAAGCUAAGUAAUUAUAAAAGUCUAGCUCAAGAUGAUGCUUUUUGCUUGGAGAAGCCUGCAGAUCGAUUGGGUGAACAGACUACGGAGGAUAGAUCAUUUAUUAAUCUUGUGGAUAGUUCUCCAGCUAUUAAGAAAUGCAACAAGAAGAAACAAUUAUUGCAGUUUGAUAAGAGUCAUAGACCUGCAUUUUAUGGAGUUUGGCCCAAGAAAAGCCUUGUUGUGGGACCACGCCACCCUUUGAGGAAGGACCCGGAUUUGGAUUAUGAUGUUGAUAGUGAUGAGGAAUGGGAAGAGGAGGAUCCAGGCGAAAGCCUUUCUGACUGUGAUAAAGAUGAUGAAGAGGAGGGUUCAAAAGUUGAAGAUGAGGAGGAAAGUGAAGACGGGUUUUUCGUUCCUGAUGGUUAUCUCUCAGAAGAUGAGGGUGCACAAGUUGACAGGAUGAAUGUUGAUCACACUGUUGAGGAGACAAAAAGUUCUCCUAGCUGUGAGCAUGGGUUAGAGAAUGAUGAAUUCUGUGCAUUAGUUCGGAAUCAGAAGUAUCUGCACAAUUUGACAGAGCAUGCCCUUCGGAAAAAUCAACCUUUGAUUAUAAUUAAUCUAAGGCAUGAAAAGGCCCCACUUUUAAUGGCUGAAAAUUUGUGUGCUACUUCUAAAAUGGAGCAGGCAUGCUUGCAAGCUUUGAGCAUGCGUGCAUUCACUGAUGGCAUUCUUGUAGAAAUGACUGUUGAUAGUAUGGAUAAUGAGGAUCACGAGGCAUGCUUUUCAGAUGGAAAAGGCAGUACAACGCCAGUUUCAGCUGUGACAGCUAUACUGGAGUCAGAUUUGCCUGCAGUUGUAUCUGUUAUCAACUCAUCCCCAACAGGUAUCAAUAAGGUUGUGGAGUCUCUACAACAGAAGUUUCCUUCUGUUUCAAAGUCUCAAUUAAGAAAUACAGUACGUGAGAUAUCAGAUUUUAAUUUUACAAAUAAUCGCUGGCAGGUCAAGAAAGAUAUUUUGUUGAAGCUUGGUCUGUCAAUUUCUCCUGAAGAAAGUAGCGGAAGGGUGAAGAGUAUCGCUAAAUUUUUCUCAAAAAGGUGUUUGCCACCUGAUGGUACAUGCAUGAACCCAUGAAACGUCUCUUCUGUCAUCUCUGAAAAAAGGUUGUGGUACAUGCAUAAACCGAAACCAGGUUCUGCCUAGCCUGGACAUCCGAGUUGCACAAAGAAUCAUCUAUAGCUUCCCGUUUAGUGUUUUAGUUGAUCCUUUUUGCUACUGUCAUAGCAUAUGGCAUGUAUCUAAAGCUCCCCCAGUGUAAACUUGAUGGGAAAAGUUCAGAUUGUGGAUGAAGGAAUUUAACAAAUAAGACUGGUUUAGUUUGAGUUGAGACAAGAUUGUUGAUAUGUCUGAUGAUUGUGAAUAUAUCUAAAUCAAUCAAGUGUAGAUUGCAUUUA